AUGUCGGAUUUCCUGGCCGCCCAUCUCGGCGCAAAUGGGAACGAUCAAGCUGCUUCGGGCGCCACGAGCCCUGGAGCAGAGUGGCGAGAUGAUGACGACGGCGAUGUAGCGGCCAGAUACAGGCCCCGUACCUAUCCUUACUAUCGUCAUCUGCCGUACGAUACGGAGGAUGAGUCCGAGCGGCAAAAGAAUCUUGAUGAAAUCAUUAAGCAUCUCUACAUCUCUAUUGAAGCCGGGGAUUUCGCUCCCGGGGCGGUGCACUGGUCGAGGGAACUCAGAAGUUGGCUUAGCCUAAAGUUUGAUCCGCCCCGGAAGACGAGGGUUAAGCUUGUCAAGCUAUACUAUGAGCUUGCUAUGGCUCCAGGCCUGGACCCCGCCGUUGCUGAGAGAUUCGCGAGCAUGUUUAUGGUCCUGACAAAGUAUAUUUCCUACAUUCCUUUUGUUUUGGGCUACUCUUGUGUUACUCCAGCGGGUGCAGAAACACCGCCUAGUGUCAUCUCUAUGGAGCUGUAUGGUCUUAUAGUCACAAUGAAUGCUAAAAUAAUUUAUAAAGGCGAAAACACUACCUACGUCCCGGGAGAGACCUUACAUUGGCUUGGAGACCCCUCUUCAAGGAACUCAAGGUGUUUGUGCUUCCUCAAGAGUCAGGGUUUAUCCAUUCCACCACAGUAAAAAAGAAUGUCCGGACAUUGACCAAGAUGUGCUCGUUUGCGCAACCCUUCUUCAACCCGGAGGAGAUUACAGAAAUGUUUGAAGAGUUUCUGCCUUAUGUGAGAUUGCUGCCGUUCCGACCAAUUAGGUUGACAAUAUACUCAUGAAAUUAUAGUUUAGCACCUCUUUUGCCGAGGGUGCCUUUGUGGUUGUUGGGUUGUUAAAUCUGCUUCUUCCCACGGUUCCUCCGCCUCUGGAUAAACCGAAGCUACAGCCCUCGUAUUAUCUCCCGAGUAAGCACCUUUUUUUUUUUUUGAUUCGGCCGCAACCCACUGAGCAAGAUUGCUAACUUUGCUUACAGCACUUUUCCACCUGUGGUCACUCGUAAAUCGUUCUCGCGUGUUUGAUGUAAAUUUCUUGGAUUUGCUGUCCCGCCUGGCUCGGGAUCUGCUGCCAGCAAAAAGCAUUCCUUUUGGAGAGUAUGGUAUUUACAGUAAAGAACAGUCAGCAUUGGUGUUUACAGCCAUACUUCGGCUUCUGGAGAUUCCAGUCGGUCAGGCAACCUCUCCUUAUAGCAGUGUCGUGGAUACAAAUAUUGGGUUGGCUAUGACUUUGGAUCGGGACCCGAGAAAAAAUCCAGUGGCACACCAUAUAGCAAGAUGGAUUGUUAUGUCACUAUCGCCCCAUUCCCUUCACGAGCCGGAUUCGAUCCUUUCCAACCUUGAGGGGUUAAUUCAAGCCGUGGAAACCUUUUUCCAUCCUUCAAAUACCGGAAAUUGGACAAAGACCCUGUCUCAACUUGUAUAUUAUUUGGCCGACUUCUUUGUGAUGAGAUGGAAUCGGGAGAGGAGCGGAGAGAUGGAGGUGCCUGAGGAUAGGAGGCUUACACCUGAGCUUAAGCGACGCUUUGUUAUGUGUCUGAAAGAGGUAAUAUUCAUGGGGAUAUAUGCGAAGAGUUCUACCGCAAUGAGCUUCUCACUGUCCUCUCUGCAAAGCCUGGCUUAUCUCGAGCCGGAUCUUAUACUCCCUGGAGCCCUGCAGCGUAUAUACCCAUCAAUGCAAGGACUAGUGGAGGUACAUCGCACCACGUCCUCCCUACGCUCACUACAAGUUCUCUCUAGAAUAAUGGUUCGUACUAGGGGGUUUAGAAAUCAUGUUACCACGUUAUUGGGACUUGCUUUGCCCGGCAUUGAUGCAAAUGACCUGGACAAGACAUUGCAUACGCUAUCAUUUGUUCAGGCUGUGGCCUAUAACAUCCCCUUUCGUGACCUUACAGAGGACGAGGAGGGGGGUGGGAGUGGCAGCCAUUUAGCCUUGGAAUGGGUUGGGUCUGAAGUGGAGAGGCUGGAGAGGGAAGGUGCCGAAGUCAUGAUCGACUAUAACACAGAACUUAGUGAUGAAAAUGAGGCUGCUAUAUUGAGAUCUUCGACCGCUGGGCUUUGCGAGUUUUUAAUAUCGUUCCUCGGGCGUGUAUUUACCCUGUUGGAAAAUUUACCCGAUGCUUCUCGGGUCCGCAGUGGCUCCCCCGAGGAUCAUAUCGCUAAUACCCUACCCGCGGCAUUCACACCUUUAUUAGCUGCCUUGUCGCCGGAGUUGUAUGAUAUUGCUCUUCAGAAAAUUACAGACUUUGUUAGCAGUCAUGUCAUUCAUCAGGCUCGAGAUGCUAUGGCGUUCAUUUGUAACUCACUUUGCAAGGUUAACCCGGAGAAAGCAUUGAAACAGUUGAUUCCUGUGCUAAUCCGGAAUAUUCGUACGGAGAUUGAAGAAAAUGGGGCGGCGUCAACGAGAAACACAGGCUCUGACGUGCUCCCGAGAGAUCGAGGUCUUGUAUGGAACGUGAGUAUCCUCAGCAUGUGCGUCGUCCACAUCGGCGACGCGGUAUUGAAUCACAAAGAGCAGCUUUUGGAGAUUGCAGGUUUCAUGCAAAAGAGGUGCAAGGGGAUGCCGACUGUGCAUAUCUCGAAUUUUAUUCAUCACUUACUACUAAAUCUUACUGUGGUAUACACAGUGGAUUAUGGUCUCGUGGAGCCUGGAAAACGUAUGAAAUCAUGGCCCUCUCUUCAAUUCCGUCUGUUUUUUACUAAUUUUAAGAUAGGUUGCGAUAUCGAUGCAUGGGGUAAGGUCUAUGAUCCGAAGGAGAUUACUAUAAGAUGGCAUAUACCUUCACGCGAGGAGGUCGGGUUUGCUGUGGAGCUAUUCAGGUCGCAGGCAGAGAAUGCUCUGGAAGCCCUAGCCUCUCUUACAAGCGGGAGCUCAGACAUAAAGAGUGACGGAACUGGGAAGGAGUGGUCUGAUGAGGUUUCCCGGAACCUAGUUCUUCUGAGAUUAAUAAUUUCUGGAAUCUCCGUUUUGUUCGAUCCGCAACGCAUACCCGGCGGGACUCUAGUAGAGAAGGAGAAGAGAGAUGACGAUCUGGAGAUGAAAGAUGUUGGUGGAGAAAUCGAGGACACUCCCGGCAUUGAGGUCUCCGGGGCUGAUGGCUCUGAUGAACCCAUGGGUGAGGCACAGGAUGACGAUGUCAAGCCAACAUAUCGGUACCCCGCUGGAUACUUCUUCGAUGAUCCUGAGGACCCACUGUAUGUUAUUGUCCACGAUUUGAGGGAUAAAGUUGGCGGAAUAUUGCAUUCAGUACACACCUUCCUAACUUCCAGCCAAGAAGAUGACGUGCCUUGCUUUAACGCUUUGUAUACGGUAUUUGUCCCAUACCCGUUUACGCUUCGCUUUUACUGACCGCAAUAGGCAUACCGGUCCUGGUUUAUGGAUGUCGGGAUUGAGAGGUCGGCGUGUGUCUUGGAUAGAGUCACUCGCUUGUUUGCUGCGGAUAUCCAUCCUUUCAAGGUUAGCGGGAUGCGGAAAAACUAUCCCAGGCCUCUUCUUCUCCGAAGGGCAAACGUGUAUCAUCUUCAGCGGCUCCGGCAUAAUGCCGGUCCAAGGCCUCAAUCGGUGAUGGACAAAACGUUACUACUCGAUCUUGCGGAGUCAUGUGUAUCCCUUUAUACGGAGAUCCGAAGGCAUGCACAAAGUGCGGGAGAAUCGGCGACCAAAGUUAUAAUCGGUGCCAGGCCGUUGGUCAUCCCACCUCUCCUAACAGCAUUCGAGGAUUCCAUUAAGAGCAACGACUUCCGGAGGAUGAAAGGCGCAAUGUACAGCCUGCUGUUCGGCAGUUUGGCCAAAACCGCAGGGCGGGAUUGGCGCUAUACUCCUGCUCUAAUUAAGGCUUUCAUUGCCGCAAGCACCGCGGAUAAGCCCUCUGUCCAGAAACUUGCGACAAGCGCAACGUACCAAGUUAUGGACUACGGUAGGCCUUUAGAGAGGAUGGUCAUUUUAAAUGAUGAGACUGUAAGGAGGAUUGCACCAGCCGAAGAUUUGUUGGCCGUGAUAGCCAAGAAGAGGGAUCAAAUUGCCCGAAAACGUAAGAGAAUCGAGGCCAAGAAACACGACUUAGCACUCGAGCUAGUGGAACUUGCAAAGAAGGCGCACUGGAAGACCGCUAGCAGGGCCGCGACAAUUGUUGUGAAUCUUGGCCUAAGAUUCCAGACUGUUGCACCGACCUCAAUGCUAGAACUGACGACGAAGGGCACCGUUGAUGCGCACCCUGGGCUCAGAGGGUUAUAUUCCGGAGCAUUGGUUGCAGUAGGUUACCUCAACCCUAUUUAAAUGGAUCCUAGAUGCUAAUACCUUGCAAUCAUAGUACUUCUGCUUGAUUGAGCUGAGAGCUACGUGCGACCACAACUAUCGGAAUUUCCUGAUUGACAGGCUCUCUUUACCAAAUAAGAUUAGUGUUCCAACAAGAUCACAUGAUCCAAAGUGGACGUCAAAGUUUCUGGAUGCAUUUACUAAACCUGAGGCCGAGUACUAUGUGGACCAUGAUUAUCCCGGAUGGUUAGUAUGGGGCAAAGACUUCCCAGCUUACGAGGUGAAUCCAAAAGAAGGAUUACAGUUUGAUGAAGUCGAGACAAGUGCACGGAAGACAAUUGCCAAUCUGCUUGAUAGGGAAUGGUUUAAGUCCUUCUUUGGUUAUCUUAAGCAAGAGCCUCGCGAUGGGUCACCCGAUAGGUUCCGCAUGGCCAGCUCAAUGCUGUUGCAGUUCGCCUUCGAGCUAGUUCGGGAUGGACUAACAUCAGUUACGUAUGGGCAGCUCAGAGAGGAAACCGAGGCCGUGUUUGAGGAUGGGAGUGAUAAACAUCAACACCGCGCAACCGCGGAGAUUCUUGGAGCUCUGGUCAAUGCAUAUAGAGACUCGACGGCUGAAAACCGGGAUAUGAUGUGGGCUCAUGUAUUUCCUAUCGUCAAGCGGAUCUUUGAGGAGGGCCUCACCCCCGAGAAUUCCUCAUACUGGUCGUCUUUCUUGCAUCUUGUUUUGGUGAGUCUCUCCCUGCCUAUACCUUUUGUUAACGGUAUUAACUAUUUCAAUAGCAAGGGAAGGAUCUAAGACGGUCGUGGCCUAUCAUGGAAUGGCUAACAAACUACCGAUUGGACAUGAACUCAAAUGCGGCGUUCAAGGAAAGCUCUAAGAUUCAGCUUCUCCAACAGUCUAUUCAGGAAGCAGGCUGGCAUUUCCGAUUGGAAAAGCCCAUCUUGGAAGACUUCCUGAAACACAUUGAUCAUCCGUAUAAAGGUGAGCAUUCCCUCUUAAUCAAGGUAGACAAGUGGUUUUUACUCAUGUACACGUGGGCAGGUGUACGAGAGGCAAUGGGACAAACGCUAGGGACCAUAUACAGAUCUAGACAUCACGAGUCAUACAAGAAUGUGCGGCACCUUAUGGAUGCACAGGAAAAGGCAUCCUCGGUUGGAUUAACCCCUUACGGCCCGACCGAGGAAUUUUCGGAAACGGUGCAUAGCGUGUUCAAACGACUGGAGCAAUGGAGACACGAGCGCACACCCGGACAGCAAUCGCCCUCAUCAUAUACAGCAGGAAGCAAGACGGUGUUAUUAUGGUUGGAUACCACAUUGUCCUCCCACGAGUGCACACAGUUGAUACCAUUCUUCCCCGAUGUCUUCAUGGGCGAGAUGCUGCAUAUGAUGGAUAUUAAAGAAGAUCCGGAGUUGAUGUCUCUUGCCUACCACGUCUUCAGACACCUUCCAAAUAUUCCGCAUCCGUUCAACCAGGACCACAAAUUCAUCUCUGCCCUGAUACGGAUCGGGACAACUUCUCCACUUUGGCAUCAACGGUUGCGGGUCCUGAUCAACAUGCAAGUAAUAUACUUCCGUCGUCUAUUCCUUAUUACCGCCGAGGAAAAGGAACGAAUAUUCGCUUGUGUGUCGAUGAUGCUUGAGGAUCCGCAGUUGGAAGUUCGGAUUGGGGCGGCGACCACGUUAUCCGGAAUGGUUCGAUGUUCGCCGGUUAGGUUGAGAGAGGGGAUCGUACAAGAACUGAAAAAGAAGUUUACCAGAAUGCUGGUUCGGAAUCCUUUGCCCAAGAGAUCCCCAGCGGGUACCCCAACUCCCGAUUACACAAGGAUCGUUAUCACCCGUCAUGCGGCGGUCUUGGGUCUUGGUGCACUUGUCCAGGCCUUCCCGUACGCAUCUCCACCACCCCUUUGGCUGCCGGAAGUAUUGGCCACGCUUGCGGUCAAAGCGGCGGCGGAUCCCGGUAUGGUUGGUAAAAGUGUCAAGAGCGCCCUCGGGGAGUUCAAGAAGACACGGCAGGAUACAUGGCACGUAGACGUCAAGGUAUGUGGACUCGGCCGAGGGACAUGUUUGUUUAAGAGAUAGCUAACUGUAUAAUAGGCGUUCACCUCAGAUCAACUAGAGGAUUUGGAAGGAGUGCUGUGGAAGAGCUACUUCGCAUGAGGAGCAACUCGAGACAAAAACGAAGUGUUGGUAGCUAUUGUGCCUAUUAGUGCCUUGGAGGGCACACGGGAAAAGAGCGUGGAUUGUUUACUGGUGUAGCCUGUCUCCCUUUUCGCCGGUUAAUUCUGUAGAUAGAACUGCAAAAAAAAGUGAAGGUUUCAGCCUUCAUGACUAAGGAGCGAUUGCUUGGCCCUCCCCCCCUUUUUUUUUGAGCACAGUACAGUACGAGUAUGGUACUUGCGCAAUGUUCUCAAGUGGGUUGUGCAUGUGGUGGGCGCUAAUUCUAGCCCCUAUUUUAGUCCAUGCGCUCUGCAUUCCUCGCUGACGAGUUGCAUUAAACUUAUUAGAAAACAAUAGAGGUCGUUUAGUAACC